AAACUGCAGAAAGAAUUGUAGAAUUGUUGAUAGAAAUCCGAGACGGCACAAAGUUUUGAAAAUUUCUCAGGGAGAAAGAGUUGCAAGGAAGAUAGCGCUUGCACAAGGCAGACCGGUCUACAUCCAAAGCUUGCCCAGAGUUGACAUUGGAUAGCUCCAACAGUUGUGGCAGCUCAUUGUUAACUCCCACUGAUCUGGAGUUCAGUAUAUCAUGACUUUGGGAAUGUGUGAUAAUGUAGACACAAAGGCUCCUGGCAGCAAAGAGAGGGACAGACCGCAGUCGGCUUUGGGCAAUGCCUACGAGCGAAUCCGGCAAUUUGUCCGACCGAAAAGCAAACCAGGAAAACAAACUGAACCGAAAACGAAAGAGCAUGAACCACAGAAGCAAGAUGCUAAAAAAGGGACUCAGAAAAUCUCCAAUGGUGCAGGUAAGUUACGUGGUCUAGCACACGUCUGCGAAAGACAACGAAGUCUGAGAGAAGAGCAAACUAAGUCUGCCUCGGCAUCCAAGAAUCACCAGCCGAUUGCUACGGCCAGAAGACCCACCGUGUCCCAACGUGGAAAGCUACCCGGGAAACGAAGGAGACGUCGGGCGUACGAGAGGGACGACUCCGAAGACUCCUCGAGCGAUGACAGUGAUGAUGAUAGAGUAGACAACCGUGAUCUGUGGUUUCUAACGGGAAGGGGCAUCGAGCUAGAGAAGAAACUUGGCCAGGGGACGUACGCCCAAGUUCACGCCGGCCGUCAACUUAAGCCCUUGCGCUCGGUGGCCGUCAAGAUCAUCUCACUGGAGAAGACCAACCAGCGAUACCGCGUCAAGUUCCUACCGCGGGAAAUAGAAUUGCUUCGCAAGGUGGAGCACCCUAACGUCAUCAAGCUUUUCAUGAUCCUCAAGUACGAGCACAAGGUGUUCUUCGUGACGGAGCUAGCUCAGAGGGGAGAUCUGCUAGGCUACAUCCAGCGCCAUAAGGUCCUGAGCGUGCCCGUGGCUCGGACCAUCUUCUCACAAAUCCUGGCUGCCAUCGAAUAUCUUCACCAGAAUGGGAUCUACCACCGAGACCUCAAGUGUGAGAACAUUCUGCUUGAUCCGGGUCAUAAGGUCAAGUUGACGGAUUUUGGAUUUGCCAGGGAGUGGUAUGAACCAAAUGAGCUGUGCCGGACGUACUGUGGUAGCGCAGCCUACGCCUCGCCAGAGAUUCUGCAAGGUUUACCUUAUGAGCCUAGCACCGCAGAUAUAUGGAGUAUGGGGAUAGUACUCUUUGUUAUGGUGCAAGGCAGGAUGCCGUUCGAUGAUACGAAUGUCAAACAGAUGGUGUCUGUCGUUCUCCGGUAUGACGUCGGGUUCGUGAACAAGCGCCCUCUAUGCAGCCCGCUGAAAGCGCUGAUCAGGUCUAUCCUUAACCACGACCAGUGGAAGCGUGCCACCAUUGGACAGAUCAGGAGAAGCCCUUGGCUGGAAAGCCCGACGAAAAUCCCUUCCAUUCAGUGAAAUUUAAAAAAAUGAACUUUGACAUAGGAGGGACUGAACGACCAGAAAUAUUUUGCUCCUUUAGAAAUUGCAAGAUAUUGAACACAAACACACAAGGUAAUAUCAAAUAUUGGAAAACAUUGUUUUUGUUUAAUUUACAUUAAUUUAUUAGUUUUCCUGACUGAUUUAUUUAGGAGCCAGCCAGGUGUACUUCAAUAAUUCUUCGAUAUCGUAUACUGUGCUAAGCCUGUCUUUAUCAAGUUUACUGAAAAAAAAAGAUUGAAAAUGUCUUAGAUUAAGAGUGUCAUCACUUCUAAUCAUAAUUUUAUGUCAGUAUUCUGCUAUUGAUUUUCUUUUUCAGGAGAAUAUAGAAAAGCUACUUUAGAAACGACAAAAUUAUUCAAUACUAAGUUGAUUAUAGAGGCUGAUUUUUUUUUUUAGCAAACUGUCAUUAUGAGGUCUAUCUGUUACCUUAAGCCAAACUUUAAUCUGAAUUUAGCAUUGGACACUGACAGAAUUAGAAAAAUGUAAAUCCAGAAUCAAUAUUUGAAAUAAACAGUUUGUUUCAACUGAU